UUAGUUUCGGCUUGAUAAAUAAAACAGCAAGCACUCCCAAUCCACAUCAACAAAAACAAAUAGCAAGCACUAAACAUAAAUAUCUAGCUAAGCCUAUCCAUAUAUCAAAGCAACAAAAUCGUGAGAUAAUUAUUCACAUUAUCAUGGAAGUUGUGAGCAUACUAGGCGAGAUGAACGGAAAGAUGAUCAAUUUCGAGGAGACUGAACUCCGGCUCGGAUUACCCGGAAAUGCUACUAAACUGAAGAAUACUACUACUCAUGUUAAUUCUUCUACUACAAAUGUUAACGGCAAGAGAGGAUUUGUCGAAACUACUCAUGUUGAUUUGAAGCUGAAUCUUGUGUGUCAUGAUGCUGAGAUUGUGGAUCAGCCUAAGGACAUCAAGAAUCUUCUCGGUGAUGGUGGCUCUAAAGUUUCACUUGUCAAACCUCCCGCCAAGGCACAGAUAGUGGGAUGGCCACCAGUGCGGUCACACCGAAAGAACAUUCUGUCUUCACAGAAAACAUCGAGCAAAAAUGGAGAUGAGGAGGGCGAGAAAAUUAGCAGCCCUCUCGGUGCCGCCCUGGUGAAGGUGAGCUUGGACGGUGCACCUUAUCUGCGAAAAGUGGAUCUCAGCAUCUACAAGAGUUACCGGGAGCUCUCUGAUGCCCUGGGCAACAUGUUCAAUUCCUUCACUAUUGGUAAGUGUGGGAGCCAAGGGAUGAUGGAUUUCAUGAAUGAGAGGAAGCUGAUGGACCUUCUUAAUAGUUCUGAUUAUGUUCCUACUUAUGAAGACAAGGAUGGUGAUUGGAUGCUCGUGGGUGAUGUCCCUUGGGAGAUGUUUGUUGGUUCUUGCAAGCGCUUGCGCAUAAUGAAAGGAGUUGAAGCAAUGGACCUCGCACCUCGAGCCAUGGAGAAACGCAAAAACAGAACCUGAAAGUCUACGACAAGCAAGCUGUACAGUCGCACAGAUUGAUCAACUCAGGCAGCAGGUUGUCACAUUAUAGAUAUAUAUUUCUAUGGUUUGUUAUAGUUGUAAUUAGUGUGAGAUUUGGACAAACAAAUAAAUCUUGGAUUCAAGUUUGUUUUGUUUAGUUGAUAAUUAUAAAUCAAAGGUUUGCUUAAAUAAUAAGAACUUUAAGUUUAUAUCA